UAGAGUGAGGCUCACCGCUCACACAACAUCACGAAAGAAAGAAUCGUGUUAGCCUGGUCGUUCUUUCGAUUUGUUUACGUCCACAUGUGCACAAGUUGGAACCUCGCUUUUGUUGUCCUAGAUCUGGCACACACCAACCGAUGUGUAGUGUAGCUCAACAUUCGCAGCAUCAGUGUGCGUGACAAAUUUUCAGGAGCUAGGUGACAUGGGCGACUUGGGCGGCGGCGGCGAGACGAAGGACGUCAUCGACGUGGAGGCGGUGGUCGUGGGCGCCGGGAUCGCCGGGCUCGCCACGGCGCUGGCGCUGCGGCGGGCGGGCUUUGCGGCGCGGGACGGCGGCGGUGGCGGUGGCGUCGUGGUGCUGGAGCGGCACGCCGAGCUGCGCGCCACGGGCGCCGCGCUCACCGUCUUCCCCAACGGCUGGUUCGCGCUCCGCGCGCUCGGCAUCGCGCACAAGCUCACCCCUCGCUACCAACCCUACGAAACAUCCGUGGUGACCAACCUCGAGUCCGGAGCGACGCAGGUGUUUCGGUUUGGUGGGCACAAGAGCAGGAGCGGCGAGGUGAGGGUGAGGCCGGUGCACCGGAGGGAGCUGCUGGAGGCGAUGGCGGAGGAGCUGCCGCCGGGCACCAUCCGGUUCUCGUCCAGGCUCGCCUCCAUCGGCACCGAGCCCGCCGGCGGCGGCGGCGGCGGCGAGGAGCUCGCUGUCGUGGGGCUCGACGACGGCACGGUGAUCCGGUCCAGGGUGCUGGUCGGGUGCGACGGCGUGCACUCGGCGGUGGCGCGGUGGCUGGGCAUGGCGGAGCCGGCGAGCUCCGGCCGCUCCUGCGUCCGCGGCCUCGCCGUGUACCCCGGCGGCCACGGCGUGAGGAAGGAGCUCAGGCAGUUCCUCUCCCAUGGCCUCAGGGCCGGCAUGGUGCCCAUCAGCGACACCGACAUCUACUGGUUCGUCGUCAACAACACCGUCCCCGCAGAGAGAGAAGCUGCCGGCGAUCCGGAGAAGAUCCUACGCGAGGUGACUGACAACCUGGGCCGCCACCUGCCGGAGGAGUUCCUGGACGUGGCCCGCCACUCGGACCCGGACAACCUCACGUGGGCCCCUCUGCUCUACCGGGCCCCGUGGGCCAUCCUCACGGGCCGGGCCGCGCGCGGGCCCGUCACGGUGGCCGGCGACGCGUUCCACCCGAUGACCCCCGACAUGGCGCAGGGCGGGUGCGCCGCGCUGGAGGACGCCAUCGUGCUCGCCCGCGCGCUGUCGUCUCGGUCGCCGUCGCCGUCGCCGGCCGACGGCGUGGCGGCGUACGUCGCGGAGCGCCGCGGCCGCGCCGCGUGGAUCGUCGCCGGCGCGUACCUGUCGGGCUACGUCCAGCAGGGGAGCACCAGCGCCCCCGGCGUGCGCGCCGCCGCCGUCAAGCUGUUCCGCGACUGGAUCUUCUACCGCUUCGUCUUCCCCUUGCUCGCCGACACCAUGUGGUUCGACUGCGGCGACCUCGUCGCGCCGCCGCCGCGCGACGGCGGCGGCGAGGAGGAAGCAGCUGACUGCAAGAAGAGCCAUGUACACUGAGAAAGAAACCAAUGUACUAUCAGUUGUACAGUCACUGCAGGUGGGACCGGACCACCUGUAUCAUCGUGACACCAUCAGCAGGGUGAUCGAUCGAUCGAUGACAUGUGUUUAAUGGUUUGCUAAUCGCAAUAGUUACCAUUUCGUUUCAUUUUCAGAUGUACAACGUGCUCAAUAAGCUUCUUGUGUGUUUUUUGGAAGUGAGGUAGAUGAGAUGUAGAUGUGAUGUCAUCAUUUGCAGUGAUCUACAUCUGCAAGCUUUUUAAAAAUCUGUUGGGGAUAGCUUGUUUGUUUUUGAGAUCAGCCACAAAGAUAGAUGCUCGUCCUCCUGUGCAAGCAAGAACAGGCGCAAUGCAUUUCCAAUGUGGCAACCACUUGAAAUACCAGAAAACAAAUAUAUAUAUUAAAA